GUACUUUUCCAUGUGCUAGUUUCUCCAUCACAACUUCAUGCACUAGCUACCAAUAUCCUGAUUUUAAUAUGCAGAGGCUUGAGGACCUUCUACAGGAAAGUGUUGAUGGGCAAGAUUUUGCUAAGCAGCCACCACUGUCCAGCUGGUGUCAAAGGCAGAAAGAUGUCCAACAGUGUUGGCAACAGGCGAGGCCACAAAACCUUGCCAACUUAUUGUCAGCUGAGAAUGUCAUCCAGAUAAAAUGUAACCACUGUCACGUGAGAGAAGCAGUCAUCCGUUGUGGGGAAUGUUUGCCCUCAGAGUGGUUUUGUGCAGAGUGUGAUCAGUUGAUACAUAAACACCACACUCUGCACAAUAGGCAAACCACCAUGCACGGCUUCUAUAAAUACAUUCCCCCAACAGAGUUUGUGAAACUACAUGAUGACAAGCACAUCAUCUGUGAACAAGAUUGUUUGCUGCCAACAGCCUUUCCUCAAAAGAUUUGCUCCUGUGACACUAGUGAUGUUGCAAUCUCUGCCGUUAUAAUCUUCACGUUCCAGUGCUAACAUGCAAACAUUGCAAAAAGCAAUGGGCUCCAGAAGUCAGUGACUUUGCAAGGAGUGGUUACUGGCCUGCCACCAUGCAAGCACAAACGCUGUUUCACCAAGAUCUGUUCCAUUCCUUUGAAGCUAUGAAGACUGCAGCUCCAGGAAUGUCAGUGAAAGCCUUCACAGCAAUGUUGGACCAGAGAACAAAGCAAUUUGGAAGAACUGGCAAAGUGAAUGCAGAUGCUUUUCAGAGGAGCUUUCUGCAAUAUGUGUACUGCAACACUGAAGUGAACCAACUUCUGGGAAAGGAGCCAUUUGUCUGUCCAGCCUGUAGCCCUGAAAUGGUGGCAGUUUCAGUGGAUGGCAACAGAAAACUCUACAGGUUCCAGAAAACAAACCAGAAUGAAGACCCAGGAUUCUUUGAUGGAGUGUUUUUAGCCCAAGACUCUGAGGUGUCCAAUUUUGUUGAGGAAGUCCGUGUGGCUGUCAAGAGUACUGCAGGAAAAGCGACGUGUGGGGAAUCCCACUGGACUGCAACAAGAGAGACCUCAAAGCAGGCAAACAAGUUGGAUGAAGAAGGUGUAGAAAUUGCUGUGUGCAGGCAUGGAUUCCUCCUCAGAGUAAGAACUGAUAUGCUUACUGUCCACGCUAUUGGGUGGAAUCAGCGUAAAGAGAAUGGCCUUCACAUUGCCUUGUCUUCAAGAUUCAAAAAGACAGUAGAAAAGACAUUGGAAGUAACAGGGAGCCUAAAGAAGAUGCAGGACCAGUUGCAUUGCUGUGAUGACAUGCUGAAACAGUGGGUUGUUGAUGUCAAGCAGUGGGCCAGUAGCGGAAAUGCAGCAACCAGUCCUGUUGAUGCUCGUGGUUUGCAGAUUUCCAUCGAAGCACUCUUUGUGAGCAUUUGUCAGAAGAAGCACUACCUAUACAGACAGAAUGAUCGCAACAAAAGGCGUCAGAAGAUUAGUCAGAAGAUUGCCCAAGAAAAGAAACGCUUGCUAGAAGAGAUCCAGAGAUACAACCAACAUCCUGAUGGUGACCCUGUGGACACAAAGUCAGUUGUGCAGAAACUCUCCAGACGGUGUCGACAUUAUCACCAAGAAGAAGCUUUUUGACCAACUAAUGCUUGUCUCACGACUGACAGAAGAAAAGCAGAUCCUUGUGAAGGAGAUGAUGCAGCACUGUCAGUACCUUAAGGACUCAGUAGCAAAGGUCCAGUCGAUGAUGGCCACUGUUUCAGUGUGCACACAAACAGGAAGCUAUCCGAAUGGAUUCACAGAAGAGGGGUCCAAGGGCCUUAUCAGUCUACUAAAGAGAAAACUGCAUGACCUCAGAUUAAACAGCAGACUGUAGCAUGCACGUACAGAGGCGUUUCUCGAACCAACUCCUAGGCUGGUGGAAGAGGAGGAAGGGGAAAUGGACUGGCAACAUGACAUCAGCUCUGACGAUGAGGAUGAGGAUGAAGAUGAUGAUGCAGAGGUGGGACUUAAGUCAGACUGAAGUCACAGUUGUAAUUGCUUUUUCUUUGACUUGUACUUUGAUGACUUGAAAAGGUCUCUAAAGUCUUGACAAAAGAUCCCAUGUUUUUGUAAAUGAGUUAGAUUGAAAGUGAUGAGAUUGGUUCCAGCAGACACCAGAAUUUAAAUCAAAUUGACUUUAUUGAAGUUGAAACUGAUUAUAGAAACAUGCAUUUUCUUACUUGGUUUGUAAUACAUACAUGUUUUACACUGCUGUAAUUAUCAGUAGCCAUACCCAGAUUUUAGUAAUGUUUUUGUUGUGCAAAAACCUUGUAUCUCCCAUUUUGUUCUUUUGAACUGAUAGUUUGCAGGAUCCUCAAUGCUGUACACUUUCUCUCACA